AUGGAGUUUGAUUUCCCAAAUGAGUAUAUUCUCACUAUAUUCAUAGAAAAUGAAAUGCAAGAACUUGAAACAUGGACCAUGUUUUUCGAUGGGGCAUCAAACAAGUUGGGACAUGGAAUAGUCGUAAUAUUAAUAUCACCAAAGAAAGAGUUGUUCCCAUUCGUUGCCAAAUUAUGUUUUGAUUGUACUCAUAAUAUGAUUGAAUACGAGGCAUGUUCAAUGGGCAUCCAGGCUACACUUAACAUGCAAAUCAAAAAGCUUCAAGUUUUAGGAGACUCGCUGUUAGUAAUUCAUCAAUGGGAAAUGAGAGACACAAAGUUUUUACCUUACAAACAACUAAUAACAAGUUUUUCUCAGAAGCUUGAUCAAAUUACCUUCGACUAUUUGCCUAAAGAGAAUAAUCAGAUAGCAUAUGCCUUGGCCACUUUAGCAGUCAUGUUCAGUGUAGAUUUGAAUAAGGAGGUAAGCCCAAUUGAAAUUGGGAAAUGUGCUGUCCCAGCCUCUUAUAUGAACAUUGAAGAGGAACCAAAUAACCAAUCUUGGUUUCAUGAUAUUAAGUAG